AUGUUUAUUUCUCGUGCUCUUGGUCGCGUUGCUUCAAGCACCAUCCGUCUUCCUAGUGCUGCUCGUGCCUACGCCACUGCUGCUUCCACCGGUAAAAUUCGUUCCGUCAUCGGUGCCGUUGUCGAUGUCCAAUUCGAACAAGAAAACUUACCUGCCAUCUUGAACGCUCUUGAAGUUCAAGAUCACGCUGGUGGACGUCUUGUCCUCGAAGUUGCUCAACACUUGGGUGAAAACACUGUCCGUACUAUUGCUAUGGAUGGUACUGAAGGUCUUGUCCGUGGUCAAAAGGUUGUUGACACUGGUGCCCCUAUCACCAUUCCUGUCGGUAAGGAAGUCCUCGGUCGUAUCAUCAACGUUAUUGGUGAACCCAUUGAUGAACGUGGUCCCAUCAACUCCAAGGCUCAACGUCCUAUUCACGCUGAUGCUCCAGAAUUCGUUGACCAAUCCCCUACUCCCGAAAUUCUUGAAACUGGUAUCAAGGUCGUCGAUUUGUUGGCUCCUUAUGCUCGUGGUGGUAAGAUUGGUCUUUUCGGUGGUGCUGGUGUCGGUAAGACUGUGUUGAUUCAAGAAUUGAUCAACAACAUCGCCAAGGCUCACGGUGGUUACUCCAUCUUCUGUGGUGUCGGUGAACGUACUCGUGAAGGUAACGAUCUUUACCACGAAAUGAUCCAAACUGGUGUCAUUAAGCUCGAUGGUGACUCUAAAUGUGCUCUUGUCUUUGGUCAAAUGAACGAACCCCCUGGAGCUCGUGCCCGUGUUGCCUUGACUGGUUUGACCAUUGCUGAAUACUUCCGUGACGAAGAAGGUCAAGAUGUGUUGCUCUUCAUUGAUAACAUUUUCCGUUUCACUCAAGCUGGUUCUGAAGUAUCUGCCCUUUUGGGUCGUAUCCCCUCCGCUGUCGGUUACCAACCCACCCUUUCUACUGAUAUGGGUGGUAUGCAAGAACGUAUUACCACUACCAAGAACGGUUCCAUUACCUCCGUCCAAGCCGUCUACGUCCCUGCUGAUGACUUGACCGAUCCUGCUCCUGCUACCACUUUCGCUCACUUGGACGCCACCACUGUCUUGUCUCGUUCCAUUGCCGAAUUGGGUAUCUACCCUGCCGUCGAUCCUCUUGAUUCCAAGUCUCGUAUCUUGGAUCCUCGUAUUGUCGGUGAAGAACACUACAAGGUUGCCACUGAAGUUCAACAAAUCCUUCAAAACUACAAGUCUCUUCAAGAUAUCAUUGCCAUUUUGGGUAUGGAUGAAUUGUCCGAAGAAGAUAAGCUCGUUGUCGAGCGUGCUCGUAAGAUUCAACGUUUCUUGUCUCAACCUUUCGCUGUUGCCCAAGUCUUCACUGGUUACGAAGGUCGUCUCGUCAAGCUCCAAGAUACCAUUCGUUCCUUCAAGGAAAUCUUGGCUGGUAAGCACGAUAACUUGCCUGAAAACGCUUUCUACAUGCAAGGUGAUAUCAACGACGUUCAAAAGCGUGCUGAAGAGCUCGCCAAGGAACUUGCUAAUCAGUAA